AUGUUUUGCUGCAAGUUAUUGUUUGGACCAGCACCAAAACCACCAUUACCACCACCAGUGUCCCAGCAUCGUCAUCAUCAUCAUCAUCGGUUGGAAAGAGCCAUGACUUGUUUGAGGAAACCAAUGCCCCCCAUUAUGAAGGGGCUGCCGGUGCUGCCACUGCUACUGCUGCUGGCUUUAUGCCCAGCCGGAAAUUGCCAAAUUUGCGGUCCCCCGGCGGUGCCGCUGAAUGCCAAAGUGCGAACCGUGACGGCCGACACCGGGAUUGCGGAGGCGCACUACGAGUGCGAUGCUGGCUACGAGCUGUUCGGCCCCGCGUCGGUCAAGUGCGACGCCCGCAAGGGCUGGGAGCGGGACCUGCCCUUCUGUGGCGUCAAUGUGGCCUACCGCAAGCCGGUUAACCAGAGCUCCUACACGCGCAGCGGUCCUGCCAGCUAUGCCAAUGAUGGCAAGCCGGGCAACAAGAAUCCCGAUGGCCAGGAGUGCUCGGAGACGCAAAAGGAACCUUCGCCAUGGUGGCGCGUCGAUCUCCUUGCUCCGCAGGCCGUCCAUGUGGUAAGGAUCACCACCCGCGGCUGCUGCGGCCACCAACCGCUUCAGGAUCUCGAGAUUCGUGUGGGCAACAGCAGUGCCGAUCUACAGCGAAAUCCGCUAUGCGCCUGGUAUCCCGGCACCCUGGACGAGGGCGUGGUGAAGACCUUCACCUGUGCCCGCCCCUUGGUGGGCCAGUAUGUGGCCAUCCAGCUGGUGGGCGUCGAGGGGAGCUUGAGCCUGUGCGAGGUGGAGACCUUUACCAACGACGAGUUCUCCGUGGACCGUUGCCUGAGUCCCAAGAUCGGGGUGGAGACCGUGGUGACGACAUUCUCCAAAACCUGCUAUGACUUUCAUAUCACAAAAGGAGAAAGCUUCGACAAUGCCCAGACGAUUUGCAAGCAAACGGGCGGCGACUUGGUCCAUGACUUUCGUGGCGCCACCAGCCAGUACAUCCUCUCCGAGCUGGAGCGCCGCAAAACCGAGCUCAAGCCGCAGCUGGUUUGGAUUGGAGCCCAAAAGGAGCCGGGCAUUACCUCUCGCACCUGGAAAUGGGUCAACGGCGAUGUGGUGCAAAAGCCCACUUGGGGCAAGGAUCAGCCCAACAACUACAACGGCGAACAGAACUGCGUGGUCCUCGACGGCGGUCGCAAUUGGCUGUGGAACGAUGUGGGCUGCAACCUGGACUAUCUGCAUUUUAUUUGCCAGCACUCUCCAUUGUCUUGCGGCUCGCCGGAUGCCCAGCAAAACACCACUGUCAUGGGCAAGAAGUUCACUCUGGGGGAGAAGAUUCAAUACGAUUGUCCCAAGGGCCAUUCGCUGCUCGGUGAGGCGGAACGAGAGUGCAGGCCAGAUGGCACCUGGAGCGGAUCCUCACCCACCUGCAAAUAUGUGGACUGCGGUGGCCUGCCAGAGCUCAAGUUUGGUUCCAUCCAUCUCUCGGAGAAGCGCACCAGUUUUGGGGUGGUGGCCACCUACAGCUGCCACGAGAACUACACGCUGAUUGGCAAUGAGAACCGCACCUGUGCCGUAGAUGGCUGGAGUGGCAAGCAGCCCGAAUGCCUGGUGGACUGGUGUCCAGAUCCUCAAAGGAUAACCGGUGGCAAUGUGCGCUUCAGCGACAAGCGGGCAGGCUCCACGGCCACCUAUGUGUGCGAGCCGGGCUAUGUGCUAGUGGGCGAGGCGGUCAUCUCCUGCGGCCUGGGUGGCGAGUGGUCCAGCAAGACGCCCUCCUGCAGAUUCGUUGAUUGCGGGGCACCGGCGCGACCCGAUCGUGGCAUUUCCAUCCUCCUCAAUGGCACCACCACCGUUGAUUCGGUGGUCAAGUACGAAUGCGACGAGGACCACUGGCUGGAUGGUCCCGCAGAGCUGUACUGCACCCGGGAUGGCAAGUGGUCAGGCGAGGCACCGGUCUGUGAGCUGGUUACUUGCGAAACGCCACCAGUGCCCGCUGGUUCGUUUGUCAUUGGCUAUGACUACAAUGUCCACUCGAAGAUUCAGUAUAACUGCGAUCCGGGACACAUAAUGCAUGGCACGCCGGUGCUGGAGUGCCUGGACAGCGGCGAGUGGAGCUCAGAUGCGCCCUACUGUGAAUACAUUGACUGCGGCCAGAUCCUGGCCAUUCCCUAUGGCAGCCACAAGUAUUUGACCAACACCACCUAUGUGGGCUCCGAGGUGGUCUUUACCUGCUCCCAGUCCCACAAGCUUAGCGGUGUGGUGAAGCGCCAGUGCCUGGAAUCGGCUGUCUGGAGCGAUGUCUCGCCCAAGUGUGAAGAGAUUCGCUGCCCGGAGCCAAAGCUGGCCGCCCACAGUCUGCUCUCCGUCACCGGCAAUGAUCGCAUGUACGGACGCACCCUAAUCCGCACCUCAGAGUCCACUCAAAACACUGCCCAGACCUACAAAAUUGGCGCCCUGGCCAAGUACCGCUGCGAACGUGGCUACAAGAUGGUGGGCGAGGCUCUGGCCACCUGCAUGGACAGUGGCCAGUGGAGCGGUGUGAUUCCCGAGUGUGUUUAUGUGGAGUGCGGUGCUCCGGAGAACAUCACCAAUGGCAAGGUGACUUUGGCCACCAAUGUCACCUAUUAUGGAGCUGCUGUUCUCUACGAAUGCAAUGCCAACUUCAAGCUCAAUGGAGUCUCGCGCCGCCUGUGCACGGAGCAUGGCAACUGGAGCCACGAGACGCCGGAAUGCGUGGAGGUGGUCUGCGACAUGCCUAACAUCAGUGACAAUCUAAUUGUGGAGGCUGGCAACCGGGCUGUGGGCUCAGUGGUCACCUUCAAGUGCGCCAAGGGCAGGAUUAUGAUGGGCAACGAUACGCGAGUUUGCCAGAAGAAUGGCAAAUGGGCGGGCAAGAGUCCCACAUGCAGGCCUGUCGAUUGCGGAAGACCUUUGGCCAUUGACAAUGGUCGCGUGAUUGUUGUCAACGAUUCCACGCUUUAUGGCGGCUCCGCGGAGUAUCAUUGUAUACCCAACUACAACCGGAUUGGCCAGUACCUGCGCAAGUGCACCGAGGACGGAGCCUGGAGCGGCAAGCAGCCGCACUGCGAACUGGCCACGGUAGAGGGUCAUGAGAGCUCUCGCCUGGGCACAGGCGUGGGCAUUGGGGCCACCAUUAUAGUGGCCAUGCUGGUCAUCUUUGGCCUCAUCUUUCUCUACCGCAACAAGGCGCGUCCCGUCAAGAAUACGGAGAAUGUGCAGGCGGCGGAGACCAAGGAUGAACGCAAUGCCGCUGUCAUGUCGUACUCCACGCUGGAGGCAAACAAUCGCAUGCACAUGAUGGACAACAACAAUCCCUCGGCCACGUUUAAUACGUUUCAGGGAGGAGCAGGCCGCAACGGAGGAGGAGGAGGGGGAGGAGCAAGUGCAGGCGUGAACAACAAUCGUUCGGAGAAUAUCUACGACCAGAUACCGAACGAGCAGUUAUACGAUGCUCCCUACGAGAUGCGGACAAACGACGAGGUAUACGAGCCAGAGCCGGUGGCCAGCAAUGUCAUCACCAUCAAUGGGAUAUCCGUGAGAUAGGCCUUGGAUGUUGUUUACGUUUACGUUUACGUUAGUUUUUUUUUGUGUGUUAAUAAAGCCUGUAAAUAGUAAUUGUUUAAGAAGGUGAAGAUAAAGAUGAAGAUGAUGAUGUGUGAGGAGGAGAGAGAGUUACUUGUAGCUAAGCCUAGGGCCAUCCAUACCGCAUUAACUGUAACCCUAAAUAUAUAUACACUUACCAUUAUCUACUACCUAUGUAUAUCCGUGCGUACCUAUAUCCUAUACGUACUCGUAUUUUUUUUCCGUGUGUUGUUUUUAAAUUAUUUUAUGUAGAAUGUUAAUCCAGAGUGUACAAUGUUUGUUAUGCAAUGUGUAAGAGCUCGCCGAGUGUGUGUAAAUUAAACGAAAAAUGUGGUUAACUUAA